UUACCGGGUUCACCCGGGGCGCAGGCCAGGGCAUUAAUAGAAUUCCCGAAAAGCAAAAUCGUCCCACGGCUGAAUGUAAUUGGGGACGUCUGCUAUAGGAUAUAUAAUCAUUAAUACCUGAGCACGCUCCUUUCAGAGACGCAGGAGAAACAAGCCAGCUCAGGGUGACCAUCUGUAACAUCUUACUUGUUACUACUACAACUGAACCAGCUACUACCAGACCUGUACCCAGCAUCAUGCUCCUUGUCAGACUGACUGCGUUCACCUUGCUGGCUGCAGUUUGCUGUACACUACCAGCUGCAGCGACGAGAGUGGUCACCUGUGACAAUGGAGAAAACGUCCAGUUCCUGAUCUGUGAUUCUGGAGUGAUCUUCAUUGAGAGAGCUCUGUAUGGAAGGACUGACGGAACCACCUGCAAAGAAGGACGACCUGCCAACCAGCUGACCAACACACAGUGUUCACAGACGGGCACCCUGGAGGUCCUCUCACACAGGUGCAAUGGGAAACAAGUGUGUGAAGUGAACACUGAAGUCUUCCGUACUUCUGACCCCUGUGUUGGAAUCUACAAAUACCUGGAAACCACCUACACCUGCCUCCCAGCAACACGCAGCAUCACGUGUGAAGGCUCUGAUGCUCUAUUAGAAUGUGAUGAAGGAAAGAUCCAGAUCCACAGUGCCAACUAUGGCCGCCGUGACCAGCUAGUGUGUUCCUUUAAUCGGCCCGCUAACCAACUAGCCAACACCAACUGCCUCAGCCAAUCCAUAACCACCAGUAAGGUGGCAGAGAGGUGUAAUGGGAAGAGCCAGUGUGACGUCCCGGCGUCCAACUCUCUGUAUGGAGAUCCCUGUGUAGGAACCUACAAGUACCUGGAUGUGGCUUACACCUGUGUCUUCCCUCCACAAAACCUGGGGUAUACCAACAAAGCCAAAACACAGGGAUAUUGGAGGCACGCUCCUUUCAGAGACGCAGGAGAAACAAGCCAGCUCAGGGUGACCAUCUGUAACAUCUUACUUGUUACUACUACAACUGAACCAGCUACUACCAGACCUGUACCCAGCAUCAUGCUCCUUGUCAGACUGACUGCGUUCACCUUGCUGGCUGCAGUUUGCUGUACACUACCAGCUGCAGCGACGAGAGUGGUCACCUGUGACAAUGGAGAAAACGUCCAGUUCCUGAUCUGUGAUUCUGGAGUGAUCUUCAUUGAGAGAGCUCUGUAUGGAAGGACUGACGGAACCACCUGCAAAGAAGGACGACCUGCCAACCAGCUGACCAACACACAGUGUUCACAGACGGGCACCCUGGAGGUACUCUCACACAGGUGCAAUGGGAAACAGGUGUGUGAAGUGAACACUGAAGUCUUCCGUACUUCUGACCCCUGUGUUGGAAUCUACAAAUACCUGGAAACCACCUACACCUGCCUCCCAGCAACACGCAGCAUCACGUGUGAAGGCUCUGAUGUUCAACUAGAAUGUGAUGAAGGAACGAUCCAGAUCCACAGUGCCAACUAUGGCCGCCGUGACCAGCUAGUGUGUUCCUUUAAUCGGCCCGCUAACCAGCUAGCCAACACCAACUGCCUGAGCCAAUCCAUAACCACCAGUAAGGUAGCAAAGAGGUGUAAUGGGAAGAGCGAGUGUGACGUCCCGGCGUCCAACUCUCUGUAUGGAGAUCCCUGUGUAGGAACCUACAAGUACCUGGAUGUGGCUUACACCUGUGGCUAAAUGAGAUCUUCUCUGAGGAACAUAGACCAGAGAGACCACUUGGAUAUCUUCCUCUUCAUUGGGUGGAUUUGUAUUUCUUGUCUUCUCUCCUCUGAAGUCUCAAUUGAGUGUAAAAUCUAUGUAAAUUCAAAAUGUGUAAAUCCCAUUGAUUGUGUAUUUCAUCAGGCAUAAUUUGUGUGUGAUAACCAUAAUGAGGCCCCUCUUGUGCUGCAACAAUGCACGGUCAGGAGGAAGCGUGGAGAAAUUAAACAUUAACCCCAAAAAUAAACUAUUCUUCAAAUAA